GCUCCCUCGGCGCUCGGUGACGAUAGCCACCCGCGGGUCUCAAGGAUCGGGAUCCUCUCCGACAGGUCCGUGGCCCCGCUGGGGCGAGAGGCCAACGUUCUCGGCGACCAGCCCUACGAGCAGCUGCUGCGGGUGAUCGAGAGUCGUGUCAUGAGCUUCUCUGAGGUCCUGCAGGACCAGAACAGGAGGCUGGGCCGGGAUCUGCUGGCACCGCUGGACCCCGCCCAGGGCACGGUCCGCUUCAGAAAGAUCUCCAUGGCACUGCUCGAGCCCUUUGACGCCGCAAGCGGGAAGUCAGAGGAUGAACAUGUACCCAUACUGCUACCCUUCCCUCGUUUUCCGUUUCAUGGGCCUCCUGGGAGGCCCUCGUCGCCACCGCUGGAUCCGCCUUAA